UCUCUGCAGUCUUCCCACGCCGGCAUCUUUAGUGUCCGCAGUCUCUUGGUCAUCCCCUGUACUGUCUGCAGUCUCUUGGUCAUCCCCUGUACUGUCUGCAGUCUCUUGGUCAUCUCUGUACUGUCUGCAGUCUCUUGGUCAUCCCUGUACUGUCUGCAGUCUCUGGUCAUCCCUUCUACUGUCUGCAGUCUCUUGGUCAUCUCCUGUAGUAUGUCCGCAGUCUCUGGUCAUCUCCUGUACUAUGUAUGCAGUCUCUGGUCAUCUCCUAUAGUAUGUCCGCAGUCUCUGGUCAUCUCCUGUACAGUGACCGCAGUCUCUGGUCAUCUCCUAUUCUGUGUCCGCAGUCUCUGGUCAUCUCCUGUACCGUGUCCGCAGUCUCUGGUCAUCUUCUGUACCGUGUCCGCAGUCUCUGGUCAUCUCCUGCACUAUGUCCGCAGUCUCUGGUCAUCUCUUGUACUAUGUCUGCAGUCUCUGGUCAUCCCCUGUACUGUGUCCACAGUCUCUGGUCAUCUCCUGUAGUAUGUCCGCAGUCUCUGAUCAUCUCCUGUACUAUGUCCGCAGUCUCUGUUCAUCUUCUGUACUGUGUCUGCAGUCUCUGGUCAUGUCCUG